ACGUCUGGCUGCUUGAGACAAAGGCAUGCGGUCUUUGUGUAGGUGGUCCCGUUUUCCAGAAUAUGCCGACAGAGAACUGCCUUUGUUAUAUAUAGGCCUACCAACUGGUGGUCUACGGACAAAUACAAUCAAGGAAGUUCUGAUAUCCUUUUUUAACGCGUUAUUUUUAUCGUCGUAGGUUUUGACACAAGUUGCGCUGUUUCGCAAGCUCGUGAUGUUAGCAAAGAACAUUUCGCCACUUUCGUUUUCUGCAUUCAACUGAUUUCAGAUGCCGGGUUGGUAAACACCAUUACAAAACAAUUGCGAAAUGGGAAUUAUGAUGCUCGAGCAAACCAGAAAAUUAAUCGGUCUCGGUAUGUUGUAAGACUCGCAGUCGCGAUUGUGACAGAAGUAACGUUACAGUGAUGGAUACAUGCGCGUUUUCCAUCGCGUCCGUUUGAUUCCGUCAGUUAUAUUUCUCCGCGUGUAAUACACACCCCGUAACGUUCACAGCAUGUAUUAGUGUUAGUUAUGUGUGUGUCUAAGGAGGGGAAUAGGCACGUUGACAGCUAAAGUCAUUAAGUAGGAAGUUAAACCUUUACUCACUGCUCUGGCUAAUGUUUAAUGCUGACGUCACACGCGCUUAAAAGCAAUCAAUAUGUGAGUAACCUCAGUAGAGACCGUGAGCCUUCCGUUGUGUCUUUGUACUGGUUGCAGUUCCCACAACUGGCCUUGCGUCGACGUCUAGGCCAGCUGAGCUGCAUGUCCCGGCCCACUACCCGCCUUCGCUCAUGGCCUCUGUCCUUCCUCUACUACAUCCUGCCCUUCGGAGCACUGAAACCUCUCGCCAAAGUGGGCUGGAGGCCCACAAGCAGAGUUACGAUCUACAAAACCAUACCCACGAGAUUGCUCUCCAGAGCCUGGGGUCGGUUAAACCAGGUGGACCUGCCCACCUGGUUACGGAAACCAAUCUACAGUCUGUACAUAUGGACAUUUGGAGUCAACAUGAAAGAAGCGGCUGUGGAAGAUCUACAGCUCUACAGAAACCUGGGAGAGUUUUUCAGACGUAAACUCAAACCUCAGGCCAGACCAGUUUGUGACUCGCACUGCGUGAUCAGCCCAGCUGAUGGCAAGAUCCUUCAUUUCGGUCGUGUGAGGAACUGUGAAGUGGAGCAGGUGAAAGGCGUGACCUACUCCCUGGAGACGUUCCUUGGGCCACUCACCUGGACUGAAAAUCUUCUCAACAACAGAAAUGAGGACGACCCAGGCUCGUUCCAGGACACCCUGGUCACUAAGGAGGGGAAUGAGUUGUUUCACUGUGUAGUAUAUCUGGCUCCAGGAGACUACCACUGCUUCCACUCGCCUACAGACUGGAGAGUGGCACACAGACGACAUUUCCCAGGUUCUCUGAUGUCAGUGAAUCCAGGAAUUGCACGUUGGAUUAAGGAGCUUUUCUGUCACAAUGAGCGCGUGGUCUUGAGUGGAGAGUGGACACACGGCUUCUUUUCACUCACAGCUGUAGGGGCCACCAAUGUGGGAUCUAUACGCAUAUAUUUUGACAAGGAGUUACGCACCAACAACCCUCGCUACAACAAAGGCUCCUACAAUGACUUCAGUUACAUAUCAAACAACAACCGAGAAGGCAUUUCCAUGAGGAAAGGAGAACACCUGGGCGAGUUCAACCUGGGCUCCACUAUCGUCCUGUUGUUUGAAGCCCCACGGAAUUUCACCUUCAAUUUGCAAGCGGGCCAGAAGAUCCGCUUUGGAGAACCUCUCGGGACAAUGUGACAUUGAGGGAGAGGGUGACGGAAGUUGAUGGACACUCUGAUCUGCGUGCAGAUGCUUUCAGGGUCUCAAAAACUAAUACACUCACACUUGCAGAGGUGUACUCUGUUUAAACUGAGAUACAUGUGUGCUCAUAUGUACUCACUCAAACCAACACGGUUGUAUUGUUGCCAUUGGGAUCUCCCAGUUGUCGUUGCAUUGAAGGGUAAAUGUUUGUUUCUGUCUUUUGUUGUCAAAUACUUUAAGGCAACGCUUAGAUCAGGUUGUGGAGUAAAUUUGUUUUGCCUUGAAGCAUCAUCCAGCUUUUAUGUUUUGGGAUAAUUUCUUGAAGUAAACUGUUGGUUAGUUUUUUGUGUUUGCCCAUAUUGCCUUCGGCUGGAGUCAUCCAGGAUGUGUACAGUUGAUUUGCAAGCAUUGUAACGCACCUUUCACGUAUAAAAAAGAGGGAAUGUAUGUACAAGAGACGAUGGCUCUCUGGUUUAUCAAAGGCGCACGUCUCUAUCUUUAAUACAGUUUUUUUCCGUCCAACUUUUAUUCUUCACAUGGUGCGAGCAAUUUUGAGAAAACCAUUACAAGUUUUACUCACGUUGAGAGUUCUCGAAGAGUCAGACAUCAGUCGUCACUGCCAUCGUUCUGUGAUGUUGAAAUAUGCCUUUGCUUGUUGGUCUAGCGAUAAAUUGGGAGAUAAAUGUUGACUAGUAUUAUGUUUUUAUCUAAAUUUAAUUAGUGCCAAAAAACUUGAUAUGUUUUUACUAACAUGUUUUGCUCUAUCGAUGUGAAUUCUCUUGUGAUCUUUGGGCUUUGGAGUUUUGUUCUCGGAGAUUUGUUUGUAUUUUUCUUUGUUUUAUUAACAAGCAUGGAGAAAGUUCAACAGACUCUAGGAUAAAGAGACUCUUAAUUCCCCCGGUCUGGCCCACACUUGAAGAUAAGAGGAAGAAUUCCGAUACCAGAAGUUUGGAUCUCUGGACACAAUUUGGGCUGUCAAUAUAUUAACAAACCAAACACUUGAGCUUUUUUUGUGCACCUGUCCACACAUUUUUUCAGGAAAAAGUGUUAUUACAUUUGUUUAACUUAGACAUUAAUUACACCCUAGUACAGAGUGCAAGAAACUUUGUUAAUAAAUUUUGAAGAUAAUUUCAAAUGUUGUUUUUUUACAUUAAAAAACAUUUAAAAAUCUAGUUCUUACUUUUACUCAAGU